GUGGCCCAGUUCCCCUCCCUCCACCACUUGACUAGGCCUAGGUAAGGUGGGAGAUUCAUUUCAUUUUUAAACAACAACAACAGCAACACAACAACAACAACAACAAGAAUAAUAAUAAUAAUCCUCCGUUCUUUUGAUGACUUGAUUGGUUGAAACUUCGUGCAACCUUUUCUUUUCUAGUUUUAUCUAAUGGGUAGUUGUAAGAUUCCACAAGAAUGCCUUGUGCUUCUGAUUUCCAGGAUCAACAAGGGAAAAAAAUGCAGUCUCAUUACAUUGGGGGCCUUUAACUGAUACAUUUAUAUAUUAAAGUCAAGGUUCUAAGAAACCCCAUUUUCUAAAGCAUAAGUUUUCAGCUGGUACAAUGCUUCUUUGAUGUUACAGGAAGUCCCUAUUCGUGCUGCAAAUAACGUGUAUUUUGUUGUCAGGGAGUAGUUAUCUUGUCAACUGCUUUGAUCAUCUUCUGUAGUUGCCAUCAAAGUUGAGUGGUUGCAUUAGUGAUGUUUUAUCAAUUCUGAGUGAUGGCUGCACAUGACUUUUCAAGUUUAAGAAGGAAGCUAGAGAUGAGGGGAUGGAAAUUGGAAACGAAACAAGGUCGCUGAUUAUUAUAAGAAGCAAGAAAGGCUCCUUGAAGGGUUCAACGAGAUGGAGACCAUGACUGAAAAUGGUUGUUUGCCUGAUGGUCUAACAGAGGAUGAGAUGAAGCAGCUUGUAAAAAGUGAGCGGAUCGCAAUCCAUGCAUCAAACAUAGCUAAUGUUGUACUCUUUGCGGCAAAGCUAUAUGCUUCUAUUGAGAGCAGAUCAUUGGCGGUUAUUGCCUCAACCAUGGAUUCACUCUUAGAUCUCUUGUCUGGGUUUAUAUUGUGGUUCACUGCACAUGCCAUGAGAAAACAAAACCAGUAUAACUAUCCAAUUGGAAAGAAACGGAUGCAGCCAGUUGGCAUCAUUGUUUUUGCAUCAGUAAUGGCAACUCUUGGAUUACAAAUACUGAUAGAAUCUGGUCGACAACUCAUUUCAAAGGCCCAGCCUGAAAGGGAUCCCGAGAAGGAGAAAUGGAUGAUUGGAAUAAUGGUCUGCAUAACUGUAGUGAAGUUUGUGCUCAUGGUCUAUUGUCGAAGAUUUAAGAACAAAAUUGUUAGAGCCUAUGCACAAGAUCAUUUAUUCGACGUUGUUACUAAUUCAGUUGGUUUGGCAGCAGCUGUUCUGGCUAUCCAUUUUUACUGGUGGAUUGAUCCUACUGGAGCUAUUAUAAUCGCUUUGUAUACAAUGACUACUUGGACAAGGACAGUGAUUCAGAAUGUAUGGUCACUAAUCGGAAGAACAGCACCACCUGAAUUUUUGGCAAAGUUAACAUAUCUAAUAUGGAAUCACAAUGAAGACAUCAAGCACAUCGAUACGGUUAGAGCUUACACUUUCGGUUCUCAUUAUUUUGUGGAGGUUGACAUAGUUUUGGCACAAGACAUGCUUCUGAACAAAGCACAUAAUAUUGGCGAGACAUUGCAAGAGAAGCUUGAGCAGCUCCAUGAAGUUGAGAGAGCCUUUGUACAUAUAGAUUUCGAGUAUAGUCACAGGCCUGAACACAAGAUCGCGAUCUAAUGGGAAUGACGACGACAAUGGUAUUUGUAAUGAUCAGAUCUCAACCUUUCCACGCACAAAUAAGUAUCUUAUUCAAGAUCUGGUACGUUCUAGUUCUGCUGCAGUUUACCAUCUGAUGCCGGAACAUCGUUUAUCUUGAGUUUUCCAGCUCAUAUAUUUAAGAUUGAGCAUCACUGGAAAGUCUCUUAUGCCAGUCCCUGAUAUGCAAGCCCUUUUAUUGAAAGAAUUUGGAUGAUUUGUGAGUUGAACUUCAAGAUAAAACUUUGAAAUCCUGUCAAUAGUCAAACAAAUGCAGGAAGCCUUAUUCCCUGUUCCUUUUCACUUCAGUUAUAGCAGCAACAUAUGAAAAAUCAUAUUGCAGGUACGCUGGGCAAAUACAUGAGAAAUCACACGUUGCUAAAUGAUGAAAUGAGUUAGAUGAGUAAUGCAAAAUUUAUAUGGGAA